AUGAAGAUGAAAAAAAAAAAUGUUUAUCUGUAUAUACCCAAUAUAAUAGGUUAUAUAAGAGUAAUAUUGGCCUUGUUAGGAUUUAUUAUAUCCAGAAAAAAUAUAUUACUUUUCGUGUGUUUUUACGGUGCUAGCCAAGUUUUAGACGCUUUAGAUGGAUGGACUGCUAGAAAAUUCAAUCAAACUUCUGUGUUUGGUCAAAUAUUAGAUCAAAUUACCGACAGAUUAUCAACAAGUUUGUUAUACCUUCUUAAUAGCAGUGUAUACGAAGAAUAUAUUACAUUAAUUGGAUUAAUUAUGAUUGCUGAUAUAGCAGGACACUAUUUCCAUUCAACAUCAUGCGCAAUAGCAGGAAAUAAGACUCAUAAAAAAAUAGAAAAGGGAAAUAAGUUACUUAAACUAUAUUAUGAGAAACCAUGGGUUAUGGUUAUUUGUAUAAUUGCCUAUGAAUCAUUUUUAAUAUGUGCUUAUUCGUUAAGAGUUACUGUGAAGAAAUCCUUAAUUUAUAAAUUAAGUUAUUAUGCAUUAAUAUUUUCCUUUCCAUUAGCCGCCUUUAAAAUGUUCACAAACGUAUCCCAAGGUGUAUAUGGUGUAAAAUGUCUAGUUGAUAUGGAUUGUAAAAAAAAAUGA